CAACACCCAGAGAGAUGUGGGGCUUGGGAUGAGCCUGCCUUUGGAGAAGGGGCCUCCUGCUGCAGCCAUCCCUCCCUGCUCACCACGUCUCUUCCUCCCAUCCCACCACCAUGGAAAUCCCCCCCAAGAGUCCCGAUGGGAGCGAGAAGUCCCCCCCGUCCAAGGAGCUGAUCACCAGUGACACGGGCAGCACCCUGUGCAUGAGCUCCCGCAGCGAGUCCGUGUGGACCAGCGCGCCCAGGAGCAAGUGGGACAUUUACCACAAACCCGUCAUCGUGGUGUCCGUGGGAGCUGCCAUCUUCCUCUUCGGGAUGGUCAUCACCAGCCUGUCCUGCUUCCUGACCGAGAACAAAAACGUUUACAAAAUGACCGGCCCGGCUUUCCUGUCCCUGGGACUGAUGCUCCUGGUCUGUGGCCUGGUCUGGAUCCCCAUCAUCCGCAAGAAGCAGAAGCAGAGGCAGAAGUCACAGUUCCUACAGAGCCUCAAGUCCUUCUUCUUCAACCGCUGAGGGCAGCCAGGACCUUCCGGAGGAGGUUCCCCUCCCCUCCACCAACCCAUGUUGAUCAGCCAUGAAAACACCUUCUUGUACUCCCUAGAGGAUUUCACCCCAGUCAGUGUCUUCCCUACGUGGUCUCCAGUGUGAAAAUGAACUUUGUACUUCAUCCAAGACGUCCCAGGAAAAAAAGGAGCAGGAAUUUUCAGCUGAGCCCAGCAAGGCAGGUCCAAGGUCUCUGCAUGGCCCCCCUGUCCAAAGAGUGACCCAACAGCACAAACUGGGUAAAGCAAAGCCCCAGAGGAACCGGGACUGAAGCAAAACCCUGAAGGAACCCAGAUCCCCCAGGAAGUUCUGCAGGAUCCAUCAGCAGAGAGGAGCCAUUUGACUGGAGCCACAAUUCCUUCCAGCCCCCUAAUUUGCCAGAGAGGCUGGAGGAUCUGUGCAGCAUCAGGAGACACAGCAGAAGCAGAGGGUCUCAGAUCCUACCGAGGGUCUCAGAUCCUGCUGAGGGUCUCAGAUCCUACCGAGGGUCUCAGAUCCUGCUGAGGGUCCCAGAUCCUACAGAAGGGUCCCAGAUCCUGCUGAGGGUCCCAGACCCUGCUGCUCCAGGCACCUGGAAGGGCAGGGACAAGGGAAGUGUGUCUGGGAAUGGUGUGAGCUGUGGAAGAUGUGCUCAGGGCUGAGAGCUGAUUCCCUCCCAGGAAACUCUCAACCUCCUCCUGACCAUCUCUGCUUGAACUCCCUCAUUUCUGAAACCAGUGCCACAUCAACAUCUCUGCCUGAAAAUGUGGUCCAAGGUGCCUGAGACCUGAAGCAUUCGUGUUUCUGCCAGGGAGCUCGGGCUCACCUUGACACUGAUGCCAGCUUCCCCCAGGCUGUGACCAGGGCUGUGUGCCUGGAGAUCCCCUCCACCCACGUGGGCAGAGCGGGAGGUAGCACAUCCCAUCCUGGCAGCUGGCACAGCUGGAUCAGGAGUAUUUGAGCACACAAGUCCCUCUGCCCCAGGCUCAGCCUGGCCCUGAACUUUGUUUCCUGACUGGGGCAGCCAGUGCCAGGUUGGUGACGGGGCUGUACAAGACCUGGCACAGGGCCCAGCAAAGCUGUUUGUUCCUCAGCCAUCCUCACGCCACGCCACGCUCUGCUGCUGUGUGCAAUCCUGCCCUGGCACCGGCACCAGCCUCGGCUCCUCCCUGCCACGGGCAGGGGAUGCUCACCCAAAACUCCUGCUCGGGGCAGCUGCAGCCAGGAUGGACACCAGGAUUCAGGAUGGGAAGCCAGGGAGGAUCGUGAAGAGCAGCCCCAGGCCCCACCUGGCUGCAGAUCUGGGCAUGGGUGGGAGCCCUAGAGCUGCCCUGGAUGCAGAAGGCACCUGGAAAUGGGUCCUGGUGCAAAGAGCCGUGCUCAGCCAGGGCUGCCUGGCCAAAGGGAUGCUUCAGGAGGGCUGGAACUGCCAAGAGGAGAGAGGGAGCUCCCUCUGCCUCCUCCUGCCCAAGGAGAAGGAGACAGUCAGUGAAAUGUUAAUGUGAUAUAAAGUCACUGAGACCAAGAAUUGAAUUGGAUUCCAGACUGGUCAUUUAUAACAAGAACCUGA